CCAAUCAGCUCCCGGGUGGGAGCGCGGAUAUUUGAAAACAGAGAUGGCGGCGGUGCGAGCCGUGCUUCGGCGUUGUGAUCCGGCCCUGCUGGAGCCCCGCGGAGAACCGGAGCCGGACUGCGACCAGGCGGCGCGGAUGGUGCUCUUCCUUACGGACCGCCGUCGCAUGCAGAAGGUUCUGUGGCGUCAGCUGUUUGUCCUCGACUCCAUGAUGUCACUGCUGGAAGGACUGGAGUCUGCCCAGCAACUGAUGACACAGUCCUGCCCCCCCCAACCAGAAGGCGGGGCUCGGGGCAGGUGGAAGGCCCUGAAGGUGGAGAGCAGGUCAGGGGUGGAGGAGACCGAGGCGCUGCUCAGAUCUCUGCAGGACAGAAUCCAACAGAUCCACGACAGACGACACACACUCACACAGCUGGCUCAGCAUCUGCACAGCAAGAGGCAGCAGAGUGAGCAGCUGGAGUCGUCUCUGCUGAACGCCCAGAAUGCUUUGCAGUCAUGUGACCUUCAGCUGGCCCAGUUGAGGGCGGAGUCAGAGGUGACACUCGGUCACCUGAUCGAGUGGCAGCGACUUAGAGACGAGCUGCAGGUGCACGUCAGCGCCACGCAGGACGUCAUGCACAUCAACCUGCUCGCCUUCAACCAAUCAGAGCUGUGUGUGGAGCUCAGGCCACACACCUCUUCUGGCUUGUUGUCCAAUGAACUGGAGCCGCUGAGGCUGUCGGUCACCUGGAGCCAUGACGACCGCUUCAGACUGCAGGUGAGGACACAGGUGAGCGAGGGGACGGCGGGCCUCGCGGAGGACAGCCUGACGGGCCGACGGGUGGAGCUGAGCGCCGCCCUGCUGGAGGUGAUGCGGUGUUAUGUUGGGCAGGCCGAGCUGUUGGCUGAGAUCCAGAGCCUGCGGUCCAGCUUCGCCAUUGACUGGCACCCCGCCCAGCGCCUCCUCGUCUACCUGAAGACGGCGUCGCUGGUGUGUCACCUGGAGGUGGAGGAGGGAUACCCGCGCGUGGGGCGGGCGCGCCUGCUGUCCGUUCGGCGCGACGGGCAACAUGUGGACACAUCUGGGCUGAAGCCUCCCAGCGGUGAGCUGCGUCUGACCGAGUGGUUGGUGUUUCUCUACAGCAGUCCUCUCCUCUGAACGACUUCCUCCUGCACCGUUUCCUGUCUUCUCUCACACGUCCACCAGGGGUCGCUCUCUCACCUGCACAUGUGUUACCUGCACUGAACUGUUUUUGUCUGUGAUCACAUGACAUGAAAAUAAACCUCUGCCUGCAGGACAAAC